UCCGACGAGGUGGGUGGCGUCGUCGCCGCGCAUUGAAGCGGCGCCUGAUAGGAGCAAGGGGGCUCUCAGUUUCCCCGGCGGAGAGCCCUAAAUGGGUGCCGCCACCACCGCCCGACCGCCACCGUCUUCCACGCUGGCUCUUCCACUGACCGCUGAGCUCUCCCUCUCGUCUCAGGAGAGGAUUAGAAAGCUUGCUGACGUGGUUCUGGCAAACCUCGCCAAGUUGGGCGCUACCAAUGGAAUGCCUGCAUCCCAUUCCCGAAAUAGCAUUGAGGAGCGACUCAGCAAGCUAUUCCCAACGUUCCAGACUCCCAAUCACCCUACCUAUGCCUUGAUGAUUCGCAGGGCAAUUCAGGAAUUAAAUGAGGAAGGGGGAUCUAGUGAGGAAUCGAUAUCUAAGUUCAUUAAGGCAGAAUAUCAGGAUUUGCCAUGGGGACACACCAGCUUGUUGAGUCAUCACCUGAUGAAGCUCAGUGAAUGUGGGGAAAUUAUUUCUGCUCCUGUGAACUGUUACACUUUACCAUUUGGUGACAACAAUUUCUCGGUACAUGGUCGGAGGGAUAAAAGUGAGAGAGGCGGCCAGCUAAGGAGUGAGAGAGAAAAGUUACACAAAAAGAAAGAUGCAUUCACUGAGAAAGAGAAUGUCGGAGUAGGGGAUAGAAGUAAGCAGCAAGCUUUAGUGAUUCAAGUUACCAACCCGCCAAAAAAAGCUCGCCAGUCAUUUAGCGGGGCUGAGGGCAUAGAUCAAUUUGAGCAUCAGCAAGUUGAGCUAAAUAGAUUACAGGAGCUGGAUGUGAUGAAAGAAGGAAGAAUAGGGGUUGAAGCGAAUGAAGUACUACAUGAAGCACAUAUGCAGGAAUACAAAAGAAUUGAGGUCUCGGAGAAAGCACAAGAGGGAGUCGUUCAAGCAAUUGAAGGACAAAAACAAGAGUGCCAACAAUCUAGAGCAGUUCAGCUGAAAGAGAAACAUCCUCAACAGCAUGAAGUAAUUGAAGAAUCUAAACCCCCAGAGCAGGAUGAAGUAACCGAAAAUCAAGCUCAGUUGCAGGAGCAGCAUGACAAAAAUAAUAGUCAAUCAAUUGUUCGUAAGGAUGAAGCUCAAAAACAAAUUGAUGUGGUUGUUGUGGAGGAGAAUCCACAACAUCAAACCCAGGAUAACGAAGCCAUGGAAGAAGAACAUUUAGGAGAAGACCUUGAUGGAAAAUUAGUUGAACAAUAUAAAAGAAAUGAAUGGCAAGUUGAAGUCGUCAAGGAGAAUGAACUACAGGAUCAACAUUGUGAGGCUCUUGGUGUACAGCUCCAGACAUUGGAAAAAGAAAUAGCAGGGAUGGAAGAGCUAACUAAUCACCUGAGGCAACAAAUUCAAUUGGCUGACAAACAUGUUGCUGCGCAAGAAACAUUAAUUGAAUCGAGGAACAGAAGUACUGAUGUUUGCACUGUGCAGAAGCAGCUACAUGACAAACAAGGAGAGAUUCUCUCUAUCAUGGUCAGACCCGAUCCACUUCCUUGUACUCCUACUUUUGAGGACGUAGGUCCAUCACAUAUAUCUAAGGAGAAGUGUAUAGAACUGCUAAAGCGGAACAAAGAGAUUGAGGGUCGGCUCAUGGCAAUUUUUGAAUCUUGGAAUGCAUUGGAGUCCGCAACCCAUGUGCCUCGGCAAAAUCUGGUGGUCGAAGGCAAGGAUCGUGAACCUCUAGAGGGGAAAAUGUUGAUAAGUGACAUUGGAGAAAUAGAAAUUUCCAGACAGAUGUGCCAGCAAGAAGGCAUUCAUACUCUGCUGAAGGUACCUAUAUUCAAUGUGAAGAAACAAGUGGAGCUUUCUAGUUCCAAGAGGCCCCCAGAAGUUGAAGCAGCAGUAUUGGACAAUGUUUCUCUGGGGGAGACGCAACCAAAGCUUUCUGACCAUGACUUACCCAGAUCACUGGAAGUUGAACCAGAGGCAUUAACAACUAAUCUUACUGUGGACAUGUCCGCUGGAUCAGGAUCAAUAACUACUGGUGCCUCUUUUGAUGUGCCACUUGUGGAUUUAGGGAAGUUUAAGAAGGUCGAAGAAACUGAAGUUUCUGCUCCUAAAUAUCAUGAUGAAAUUUUUAGUCAGCAGAAGCCACCUAAGUCUCAGUUAGAUGCUGCCAUUUAUGCACAAGAGGAUGCACGGGUCUAUGAGCAAGCACAAUUAUUAGAACCCUCAUAUGAAAGAAAAACUUCACCGCCAUUCAAAGAAGCACCUGCUUUGCCACAUGGACCUGUGGAUUUGGAGCAUGAUGAGAGAAGCCAAACUUCAUACCAGCUUGAUGGGGAGAGGCAGCAAGAACUUUCUGUUCAAGGCCAUGCUGUGGUGCUAGAAGCAGCCAACAUGAUGCCUCCGUGUCAGACUCAAGUGCAGAAUCUCAGACAACAGCAGCAAGCGAAAACCCAGCCUUGGGGACAAGGCUUCUUGAAUGUCAAAGGAAAUGGCGCUUCUGCCUUUAGGAUGGAGUCAAUACAACCACAGAGCAAGCAACUGAGUCCUGAACGGGAUAAAUUCUCUAAAUCCCAAACAAGUUCUGUAUCUGCAUCUGCGGUUGGACUGCCUGCAGCAGUGCAUCAUGAGCAGGUGCAGAAUGAACUGCAAUGGGAAAAAUUUCUUCCACGGGAUUGUAAGCUUCCUCCUUCUGAAGCAUCUGCACUCCCUUUAAUUAAUGAGCAAGAGAACGAAGCAAACAUGAAAGGCAGCCCGAUCAGGUGCUAUGGCCUAGACUUAUUUGACCAUAAAGCAGUUGCUCCUUCCACAUUUUUGCCGAAGUCCUUGCAGCCAGAGCAGCAGAAGAGGAAAAGGCCUUUGCAGCAGAAGCUCCUCCAAUCUGAAAAGAUGGCUACAACUGCUAAAAUGUUACUCCUGCGGCAUCAACAUGAGCAGACAUGCGAGCUUAAGUGCAGUGCGAACGGCUUGCAGCUAGAUGAGCCAAAGCUUCAAAUUGAAGAAUCGGGAUCAAAUCGGCCAGUGUCUGAAAUGAAUUUGGAGAUUCUGCACAAGGUAGUGGACAUUCCGCAGCAACCACAGCAUUGGAAAAUGGGGAGGCACACUAAACUGCAAAUGUCGCAACAGCAAUUGUACAAGAACAAAUUGCGUCCUCGAGAGUCAGGGCCCAUUCAAGGCGAUCUUGGCUUAGAUAGAGUACCUGCAGAUUUGUUGCCAUUAAAUCAUGAGAUUGCUGUCAAUGCUGUUUUGCAACCACAGAUUGUGCAACAGGGACAACCACAGCUUAAACUCCGUGGGAGGCCUCCUCAAACCAAGCAGCAGGGACAAUUGGAGAUUAAAUGUCUUGGGAGACCUCCUAAAUUAAGACCAGAUGAAGAUGGAGUUGUCAGGACCUCUCCUUUAGAUCAGCGUCAUCAACAAUCGUGUGGUCCAGUCCAAGAAAGACCUCGCAAACGGAAAGCCGGUGAUGCUAGAAGUGAAGGAAACCUGCCUUCUUCCGGGCAUGCACAGAAGCGGCGUCUUGGAAGACCUCCUAAACCAAAACCUGUUUGACAUGCAGGACUUCUUGAUCUGACCGAAAUUGACAAAUUGCAGAGCUUCCAUCAGGUGCUACGAACGGGCAAGUCGCAGGUGGAGAAAGAACCAAGAAGCUCCUUCCUGAGCUGGCAUGCGCACCUCCACAAGUUCAGGGUGAAGGGGAACUCUCGGCGUAAGGUGCAUGGUAUCAUGGACCCAGUUGAGCAAACCUCACGGGCGAGGUAGUGGCCAGCGCAGUGGUCUCAAGAAGUACCAGUCAGGCACAAGGCUCCACCUCCAGCCACAAGGUCGAUCUCAACGCUUCUGGGAGGACUAAUUGUGCAUAGCGGAGAAGAUGCUGCAGCUGGCUGCUAAGGCCUGAUAAGAGGGCUUAAAGGGAUAUAUGUAUAGAUGCGUGUGAUUUGCGUUCUCCAUUGCCCUGAUCUGUGUCUCAUAAAUUCUGGAGCUUGGGAUGCGCUUUUAGUUGGUAGUUGUUUUUUUCUACCGAAGUGUACAGGAUUAGUCUUCCGCAGGUUGACUAUAGGAUGCUGUUACUUACCAUUAGGACUGAGAUUAUGCUUGUUUGCUUUGAAGUUGUUCUGCUUUAUUGGCGGAGAGCGUUGGUGGGCCA